AUGUCUAAUCUCAAGAAUUAUGACUCCAUCUUCUCUCUUGCAGGCAAGACUGCCCUGGUCACAGGCGGCUCCCGCGGUCUAGGCCUGCACAUGGCCAGCGCGUUCCUCCUCUCUGGCUGCUCCCUCGUCAUCAUCACAGCCCGGAAGCGCGAGGGGCCCAACGGCAUCGACCAAGCCGUCGAGAAGCUCAAUGCGCUCCCGGGGAUCCGGGGGAAGGCUGUGGGGAUUGCCGCCAAUGUCGCCAGCUCGGAAGAUAUUGUACGGCUUGUCGGUGAGGUUGAUGGGCUUGUUGGGGCCCGAGGGCUCAGCAUCCUCGUCUGCAAUGCCGGAGCUGCGUGGGGCUCCAAGUUUGAAGAUGCGCCUCCGAGCAGCUCUGUGAAGAUCCUGGACCUGAAUGUCCGUGGUGUUUUUGAGCUGACACAAAAAUCUCUGCCACUGCUCCAAAGGGCUGGAUCGGCAGAAGACCCCGCGAGGCUUCUCAUCAUCAGUUCUACUGCUGGUACCAAUGUCCCGCAUGUGGGAGAGCAUGGGACUAUUAUGUACUCGACAUCCAAGGCUGCCGCCAAUCAUCUUGGCCGUAAUCUCGCCGUCGAAUUGGGCCCGAGAAACAUCACCUCCAACAUCAUCGCGCCAGGUUUCUUCCCGUCGAAGCUGGCCCAAGGGCUGAUCAGCAAUCUGGGCGGAAUCGAGGAGCUGAGCAAAGACAAUCCUCUGGGAAGACUUGGAGAGCCUGAAGAUAUCGCUGGAGUCGCUGUGUUCUUGUGCUCGAGGGCUGGUGCUUAUGUGAAUGGCGUUGAUAUAUCCGUGGAUGGUGCUGCAAGGCUUUCGGCGGGGAGGCUAUCACGAUUGUAA